AUGUCACCCCUUUACCUGUUCAUCUUGGUCGCCUCCGCAAUGGCGGAAGACCGCCACGCGGUUGUUUACAAGUCGCCUACUUCGAUGACAGCCGAAUGUCAACGCUACCUCGGAUAUCCGACGGCACACCCCUCAGAACCUCACGUGCCCUGUCAGGUCACUUGCGUUGCCCUGAUAAGCCGCGUGUGGGACAAUCCACUAAGCGACACCCGAUCCGUAACUUCCAGCCGGUACAUCGAGUCCGACCUCGCUCCAAAGCAGUACUACGAGCGCUUGCAGCACUGCCUCGCGCACGUCAAACAGACCGUUCCCCAGUGGGACACGUGCCGCCGGGGAGCCGAAACCUUCAACUGCUUCAACCAGAGCAUCUCCGGAAUCCACUACGACCGCGCCUUCUUCAUCCCGAAAACGGACCUCCAGCACCGCCAAGUGCUCACCGAUUGCAUCGACUUCCUGCAGAUCCCGCCGCAAGAGCUGGACGCAAUCCUCCGGCAGGACUUCCCCAACCACCCGCGGGGACGCUGCCUGCUCCGGUGCUUCCUGAUCCGGGAAAAGCUGUACAGCGAAGCCAUCGGGCUGGCACCGUUCCGGGUGGUGGUCCAGCUCGGGGACAACCUGGGCCACGCCCGGUCCCGGGAGGACAUGCGCCGGUGCGUGCACCGGCUGCAGCGCCAAUAUCUGGACCGGUGCACGCUGGCAGCACGGAUCGCGGCGGAAUGCUUCGGCGAUCUGGUGUGGCACCUGAGAUUUCUGCUCAGUGACAGCUCGCAGCGGGAGGUUUUGACGCGCAAUGUGAUGAGUUAUUUGUGA